UUCCUCAUCCAGCAUGCUAGUCUGCUUCUCGUUGCUAACAACCUGCUUCCUGUAACUUCGCCUGUCCAUUAUUCACUCAUGUAUUGACUGUUUUAGCUGCGGUUUUCUGUGUUCAAACUUGCCUGGAGAAGAUGCCUCCGUUCCCGCACUGACUGCACUUGUGUGCUCCGUGCUUGCUUGCAUGGUGUCCGUGUGUUGCUUUUGUCGCCUGGGGUUGUUGCAGUCAGUCCGGCCUGCUGCUGCUGUCGGUCUGCCUCGGCUGCGAAUUCACUUCAUUGCAUUUCUCGGCGUUACCUUUCCACCCUUGAAAUGAUGUUUAUUUUAUGAAGAUGGCGGUGAGGGGGACACUGUAAACUAAAUGACUGUCCGAAACAUCGCAUCCAUUUGUAAUAUGGGCACCAAUGCCUCUGCUCUGGAGAAAGACAUCGGCCCAGAGCAGUUCCCCAUCAAUGAGCACUACUUCGGAUUGGUCAAUUUUGGAAACACAUGCUACUGUAACUCAGUGCUGCAAGCUCUGUACUUCUGCCGGCCUUUCCGGGAAAACGUUCUGGCGUACAAAGCUCAGCAGAAGAAGAAGGAGAACCUGCUCACAUGUCUGGCUGACCUGUUCCACUCCAUCGCCACACAGAAGAAGAAAGUGGGAGUCAUACCGCCCAAAAAGUUCAUCUCACGUCUGCGCAAAGAGAAUGAUUUGUUUGACAACUACAUGCAGCAGGAUGCCCACGAGUUCUUGAACUACCUCCUAAACACGGUGGCAGACAUCCUUCAGGAGGAGAAGAAGCAGGAGAAACAAAAUGGACGCCUUAAGAACAACGGCACGGCAGUCACCACGGCAACAGAACCUGACUCCGAGAACAAGGCCGAGCCCACAUGGGUCCACGACAUCUUCCAGGGCACGCUGACCAACGAAACGCGAUGCCUCAACUGUGAGACGGUGAGCAGUAAAGAUGAGGAUUUCCUGGACCUGUCGGUGGAUGUGGAGCAGAACACAUCUAUUACACACUGUCUCAGGGACUUCAGUAACACAGAGACGCUGUGCAGUGAAUACAAAUACUACUGUGAGAUGUGCUGCAGCAAACAAGAAGCCCAGAAACGGAUGCGUGUGAAGAAGUUGCCCAUGAUCCUGGCCCUCCACCUGAAGAGAUUUAAGUACAUGGAGCAGCUGCAUAGAUACACAAAGCUCUCAUACCGUGUGGUGUUCCCUCUCGAGCUUCGCCUCUUCAACACAUCCUCAGAUGCUGUCAACCUGGACCGCAUGUACGACCUGGUGGCUGUGGUAGUGCACUGUGGCAGUGGUCCAAACAGAGGUCAUUACAUCACCAUAGUGAAGAGUCAUGGCUUCUGGCUGCUGUUCGACGAUGACAUUGUGGAGAAAAUCGAUGCACAGGCCAUUGAAGAGUUUUAUGGGCUCACGUCGGACAUCUCCAAAAACUCUGAGUCCGGUUAUAUCCUCUUCUACCAAUCCCGGGAGUGACCAGAGCGGCUCAGACAGGACUGAAUAGGAUUUUUCUAUUAUACCUUUAGCCUGAUAGACCCACCCACACCACCUCCACUGUCUCUGUCUAUGGAAUGGGUGCCAAUCCUAACGUGAGCCCUGGGUGUUGUGAGAUUUGUUUAAGUUAAAUGUGUCUUUAGCCACCUGCAUCUGGAUUGCACUUUAUAACCAAAAGCCCCACCCCUUGAUGUAGGCUAAUAUACAAAGACCACUGUAACAAGUCUAUUAUGGUUGUGUCUAAAUAUACUAAUGUUUUAUUGAUGGCACUGUGCAAAAGUUUUGGAAAACAAAAACGCUUGUCCAAAUGUGUUUCACCGAAAUGUUGGGGAAAACCUCAAAAUUCUACAGCAUUAACACAAGCCUGAAAUUUGAUAGAGAAACAUAUGCAUUUCAGAACAUGUUUGUUCAGUUUCAAAACACUGUCAUUCCUCAUUUGAUCCAAUAGAAGUUUAAAAACUUUUUAUUUAGACCUCACUAAAAACUUUUGCACAGUAUUGUUCAUCCUUUCCUAAUCUGUCACUAGGGCUAAUUUCAAUGUCUAUUAUAUGUUCAUAUGAAGGAGACUUAGAAGGUGUACUAAGGAAACCUACCUGAAGACCAUUAACUAACACUACAAAAUAUACCCCUAUUUAUUAAAUCUAUUUAUUCAUGUAAGUGGCUGAUUGUUGAUGAAGGUAUAAAUGCCCAUUUGUAGUAAGGUUGCGGUACAAGUGUACACCAUACACACUAAAUAUUAUGAAGACUUUAUAAUUAACAUCUUUUUAUUCAUUUCUUAACUUUUAUGAAUUGAAAAGAAAAUAAUAAAAAUGAAAUAUUACAAUUAAAAAGAUCAUUAGUGGGUGAUAACCUGGCUGGUAAAAUAUUAAUGUUUUUGUUAGUCAGACAAAAGUUAAAACACGGAUUAUAACCAUCAAGAACUGAAGGGAGUAGUGACUCAUUGGGUCACUUAUUUUCUGUAGCGCUUUCGUUAAUCUCGAUACAUUUCCCAGUUACUUUAUAUUUUAUAGCCACGUUCUGUCACCCGUCAGUGUGGCAACAUUGUGACCACUUCCGUCGCACAAACAAGACUGAACACUAAAGCACCACCUAAUAGUUCCCCACUGAGACAGAUUCCCACUAAGUGUAACUGUCGAAUGUUGUUUUUGCGGUGGUCCUUCCUUUUGUUUUUCCUAAGGGUACUCCAUCACCAGCGCCUCUGUACCUGCUGAGCCUGUUUCAUCCAUCUUCCACACUGCCUGAACUAUUGUAAGGCUAGAUUUAACUACACUUUAAGUCUUUUUUUCUGUUUUUCAUCUAAAAUUGUCUAGAAGUGAAAUAUAGGUAUGAUAUUGGUUACCUAUUAUGUUUUCCAGGGUUUAGGCUUGCUGCCAUGUCUUUGUACAACAUACUGCUGAAAAUAAGAGACCACUGCAAAUGUAUCCUUCCUUUAUGAUCAAAUCUCUUGUGUUUGUUAUAUUCUGCGUUUUAAGAUAUGUUUUAUUUGUAAAAAGUAUGGGCAGGUCAUAAAAUCAUACCAAACUUUUACAUAUAGACCUUUUUGAGAGCAUAUAGGCUAAUUAGUAAGGAUUUUUUCCCCCUGAGAAUAUUUUUAACUUCCAUUACAAAUCACUAUUUUGCAGUGGUCUUUAUUCCACAGCUGUAUUUACAUUCCUGUUUGUGUCAUCUCAUUGUUAAUUAAUAGUAUGAAAAGGUUUGUUAAGGCUAGUGUGUGUCUGUCCUGGUUCAAUUAGACUUAUUAGAGAGAAGAGAGCUCAAUGCACUUAUUUCUCUUCUAUUAAGUCUGUGAAGGGUUAUGUGCCAAACCUAAUCCAAUACUAUAACAAAUUUAUUUUCUUUGUUUAAAAAAUACAAAUAAAAAUGCAACCUGUACAUAAACCGUAUAACAUAGAAACCACUCCUGGAAAUGGGAACAUAUUUUUUUAAAGAUCUUUAGUGCUCAUUGCAAAGAUGUUGGCUCACAGGAACAUGCCGAUAAAAUGAAUUACUGAUUAAAUAAUACACGUAGGUUCAAAUCAAAAUCUGCAUAUUUAAAGCAUAUUGCAAAAAAAAAAAACAAAGUCUAGGGCUGUAGUUGACUUAAGAAGGCUGAUUAAAGACAUUCCCUGUGCAUCUGUUUGUCAGUUACAAAAAUGUGGCAUUGAGCUGUUAAAAGCUUUUAAAAUGACAAAGUAUUUAUUUAGAUAUAACCCAAAGUGCACUCACAAGACCACAAGCUCAUGUGUUCAUAUAAAAACAAAGAAGUAAUUGUAAACUGCGUCCUCAUUAUGUAUUUAUUUUUCAUAUUUAAAACAAAUGAGAAAAUCAGUCACUGCCUUCUUGUUUUUGCUGUUCAUAAAAACUUUACCAUCCUAAUAAUUUUAUUUAUCAACUAAUAAAAAUGUGCUUGACGCCAUCUACCAAUUAACUGAAAGGUCUGCAGCUCUAGUACUAAGUGUACGCAAUGAAAUGAAAUAGCGACAGAAAACUUUUGACAAUGUACGUGAUUUUCAGUAUUCAUCAUUUCUUGACAUGUAUCUGUAAGCUGUGUUAAGAUACUGUGCUGUUCAACAAUCACAAAAUCAUUGCUAACAUGAUGCUAACACAAUUCAGAAACAAAGAGGAGCCGAUCUUCCAUUGAAACGUAUGCACAAGCCCCCACUAUAGGAUGCCAUUGUCCUCUUUGCAUUUUAUCUGUCUAACUGUGACGACAACUGGAAGCUGCUGGGUGGGAGAAAAAAAAUCUUGAAAUGUUGAGAAAUUUGGCUGUAAAACUGAAAGUGCACUUUAAUAUUAUUGAAGAGCUGCAAUGCUUUAACAUGAAGAACCAUAGUUGUAACAAUAUGACACAUUUGUUUGGGGCUUUCUCUGUUUGUUCAAUAAUAAAAAAAAAAGACC